GUCGCUGUUGUUCCCUGAAAAGCCCCUCAAGUUCCGCAUCGCUGCCGUGUGAAAGGCUGUAAACAUGGCGUCGGCUCUCUUUAGUCGCCUCGUCCGCCUGUCAGCACGCGCCUCGCCACUGGGCCCCUCCAGUACGCCGGGAAGGACCGUGACUCCUUACCGGUCAGCCGUGUCCUCCUCCUCCGGGGCAAUUCUGCCUAAACCCAAGAAGACCCCGUUCGGCCUCAUGCGGAUCGCUCUGGUAGUGGUGCCCUUCUUAUAUGUGGGGACUCAGAUCAGCAAGAACUUUGCAGCUUUGCUCGAGGAGCACGACAUCUUUGUGCCGGAGGACGAUGACGAUGACGACUGAAGGGCCCCGGACGAGCCGAGGGCUUCCUGUUCUCAGAUUGUCCUGCUUCUCCACUGGAAAGUGUUGAUGAACACCUGAGCAGAUCCAGGCCUUCCCAGGAUUCCUGCUGCUGCAGUGUCCAACCCCUCCGUCUGCACCGGAUUCAGGGUUUCUGAUCUCCACGGGACGCGGGCUGUCACGACUUGUUUCUACUGCACUGUAUUUGCAUGCAAUACUUUGGUCUGAAUAAAGGGGAAACACUUGUAA